AAGUGAGUGGAUGCUGGCUUCCUUCUUCAGCAUAUGUGACUAGUCCUACAGUGGGGCGACUGAUAGGGCGGCAAAGCGGCUGAAAAAAUCGGGGUUUAGAGCCGCUGCGAAAUGGCUGGACAGCAGUUUCAGUACGACGACAGUGGCAACACCUUUUUCUAUUUCCUCACGUCCUUUGUGGGUCUAAUAGUAAUCCCAGCCACCUAUUACCUCUGGCCCCGGGAUCAGAAUGCGGAGCAGUUAAGGUUGAAGAGUUUACGACGAGUUCAUGGAAGAUGUCUGUGGUACCGCCUUCGGCUUAUGAAAUCACAGCAGAGCAUUGUUCCAACACUUAAAAAAGCAGCCCUGUUGUUUGGGUGGGCAGUAUUUCUUCUCCUGGCCUAUAAGGUGUCUAAAUUAGAUCGAGAGUACCAGGAGUAUAACCCCUAUGAGGUCCUCCACUUGGAAGCAGGAGCGUCUGUUGCUGAGAUUAAGAAACAGUACAGAGUGCUGUCUCUGAAACACCAUCCUGAUAAAGGUGGAGAUGAGGCCAUGUUCAUGAAGCUUGCUAAAGCUUACUCAGCUUUAACUAAUGAGGAAGCACGGGAUAACUGGGAGAAGUAUGGCAACCCUGAUGGCCCAAGAGUGACAAGUUUCGGAAUUGCUCUUCCUGCGUGGAUUGUUGACCAGAAAAAUUCCAUGCUGGUGCUGUUGGUCUAUGGGUUGGCUUUUAUGGUUAUCCUUCCUGUGGUUGUGGGCACAUGGUGGUACCGCUCCAUCCGCUACAGUGGUGAUCAGAUCCUCAUCAACACCACACAGCUUUUCAUGCACUUUAUGUACAAAACGCCUACAAUGAACAUGAAACGAUUGGUGAUGGUUUUGACGGCAGCAUUUGAAUUCGAUCCUCGUAGUAACAAAGAGGCCAUCAUAAGACCAACAGACAACAUAGAAGUUCCACAGUUGAUUCGGGAGCUGGGGAACAUUAAUGUGAAGAAGAAGGAGCCUCCGUUCUGCUAUCCCUACAGCCUGAAGGCUCGAGUCUUAUUACUUACACACCUUGCCAGGAUGGAUGUUUCUGAGAACGUAGAGGAGGAUCAAAGGUUUGUGGUGAAGAAGUGCCCUGCUUUACUACAGGAAAUGAUCAAUGUUGGCUGUCAACUUACUAUGAUGGCAACCAGUAGGGGAGGGCUUCGGGCUCCCAGGUUGACGUCCAUAGAGAACUGCAUGAAGUUAUCUCAGAUGGUGCUUCAAGGACUGCAGGAGGCCAAGUCUCCUCUGCUGCAGCUGCCUCAUUUUGAAGAGGAGCACCUCCGGUACUGUAUCUCUAAGAAGUAUAAGGUACGGACAUUGCAGGAUCUGGUCAGUCUGAAGGACUCGGACAGGAGAAACAUGCUGAGAUUCCUGGGGGAGGAGAAGUAUGAUGAGGUCAUUGCAGUCCUCGGGAGCUUUCCCUGUAUCAACAUGGAAACCAAACUUCAAGUGUUGGAUGAUGAAGACAGCAAUAAGGUCACGGCGGGAUCCAUUGUCACAGUUACAGUCACCUUGACAAGGAAGAGAAUGUCUGAGAUGUUUGAGAAAGAGGAUGCACCGAUACCUACAGAGGAAACUAAUGCAGAGGAGCAAGGUGAUGCCAAAAACAAAACAAAAGUUUGGCAAAAUAAGAAUAAAGGAGCUAAAAAAGCUGCCAAGUCCAAAAAGAAGAAACUGACUAAGAAGAAACCAGUCACCCAACAGCAAGCAAAGGGAGACAAGGCCAAACACCCCAAUGGCAAUGUGGCAGGAAAUGAUGAUGCUGCUGCAUCAAAAGUGGAAGAGGACGAUCUCUCUGAUAAAGGCAGUGAAUCAGAUGAAGCAGAGGGAAAUAAGGACUCUCCCAGCGAGAGAGAUGAGGAGAGUGACAAGCAGAGUGACACUGAGGUGGACGAGAUUGCUGGAGAUGACGAGGAGGAAUGGGAGGCACUACAACAGAGCAUUCAGCGCCGUGAAAGGGCACUAUUGGAGACCAAGUCUAAGGUCACACAUCCUGUCUACAGUUUGUACUUCCCUGAGGAGAAGCAGGAGUGGUGGUGGCUCUACAUUGCAGAUAGGAAGGAACAGACGCUGGUGUCUAUGCCCAACCACGUCUGCACACUCAAAGACACAGAGGAGGUUGAACUGAAAUUCCCCGCUCCAUCCAAAACCGGAAACUAUCAAUAUUCUGUGAUUCUCCGAUCAGAUUCAUUCAUGGGAUUAGAUCAGAUCAAACCACUCAAGCUUGAGGUUCAUGAGGCGAAGGCCAUGAUGGAUAACCACCCUCAGUGGGAUAUCCCAGAAACCGAGGAAGAGGAGGAUGACCAGGAGGACAGUGAUGGCAUUGAGGAAUCUGAGGAAGAUGAAGAGGACAACGACUAAACCAGUCAUUUCUUGCAAACUUGAGCACAGCUCAUACACCCAUGUGCCCACUCAUGCGCGCGCACACACACACACACACACACACACACGCUUCUACACACCCACAUAGCCCCAGACCAUUGACGUCUUCUGGGCCGCCACACACUGGAGGCAAACAGGAGACAAAGACGUUGAUGCCCCAUGUUCCUGUUUAAAAACACUCAUGAAUCACAAAUCUGUCCUCCAAUCAAAUUUCACAAAUCAAAAUAAGACAUAAGGAACUGUUGGUUAUCUUUCCCUGCAUUCAUCCAGUCGUUAUCAGUGGGCUGUGACAGUGGUUAUUUGUGGGGUCCAGCUGUGUUUCAAAUUCCUCUCCGCUUGCCGAAAAAGAUGUCUGACCAACCAGUGCAUCGGAAAAAUGCUGAAAAAUCACACACCUCAUGACUUUCAUUUUUCAAUAUCACUGUUUAUGCUUCAAGGGUGUUUUCUACCUUAUCAUUUUGUAGUUUUAUGUAGUUUAUUAGAUAUCAGAUUUACUGGGUGUUUCCACUUUUUACGAGGCUGUGUGACGUGUAAUCUGGAGUGAGCAUGAACCACAAGGAUGUGGAUGUUUUCUGAGCUUGAGCAGGAAUUAUGGGGUGAAGGGUACUGCACCGCUGUGGGUUGCAUCUCAGUUUGUCUUCAUGGUCAUAAAGUGUGGAAGUCCAAUACAUUUAUAAAUCUCACCUAUCGUAACAACUUCCAGCUUCUCUUCACAAGCACAGGUUGUCUCAGCCUCACACAAAAAAAAAAAAAAUUUGCAGACAUUCCACAGCCAGGUCUAUGGUUUAGUCCUGAUUUAACUCCUAACGUCGCUUUACAUAGAACUGCUGUCUGUCUGUUCCACAAAAUAAGCAACCUGAUAUAAGACUGAUUUCUUGGCACUAUGUAAUAACAGUCUUUCUAGGACAAUUCAAGAUUUGGAUUUUUUUCCCUGUGGUCUAUUCAUCCCACUGACUUUUCAAACUGGAAAUUCCCCGCUGUUGCUGACUUCAGUUGUCACGAGGAGACUGUGUUUAUAGACUGAACAAGUGCAAGCCUUUUUUCCAUCAGUUACACUAAUUUCUUGGCCAUGGUGCAGCAAAAGAUGGUUGGGUGUCUUUUUGAACCUAAAAAUUAUCAAAUUACUUUUUUUUCUUUUUUUUGUAUUUAUAUAUAAUUUUGUCUUGCAUUCCACUCUCAUCAAAUAUGAAUGCCUUAUUCGAUGUACAGAUUUUUUGAAGCCACAAAUAUUGCAAAUGGUUUGAUAUAGAAACAUCAGUUUGAGUGAUAGGAGUAAUUGAGGGUCAGUGUUUAUUUUUGCAAGUUUUUGUGCGAGGCGGGAUGGCAAAAAGGCUCAAAAUUAAGGUUAUAUUUAGCUUUUUUGUGGAUAUGAUUAUUUUCAUCCGUUUUAAAUGUUAUUUUGCACCAGUGGAAGAUCUGACAGCAUAUUGGAAAUGCUGAUUUAGUGGUUAUGAAAAUAUUGGUCUGGUCUGUUCAUUUGUCAAUUAGUGGGAGAGGUUAAGCUGAUUGAUAUGAAAUUAUUUGAAUUGUAAAAAUGCGUGUGAAAUGUAAUCUCUGCAGUUAUGGGUAUUUUUAUUUUCUUCUUCUUUUUAAAUCAUGAAUUUAUGACAGGAAAUUUAAUUUUCUUGUUUGUUCCCAAGAGUUAAUGUAUGUAGGUACAUUUGGAAAACUGCAAAUGUCAUUAGAAAAUCUGAACAUUCUUUUACUUAUUUUUCCCCCUUGUGUUCAUUAGCAUAAACACAAUGCAAUCUUUACUUACAGAGGGAAAGUGUCAUUCUGGUUGCAUGUAACACAACCAAUUUGAUAAAAUUAUAACAGUUUUACAGAUAAAUAGACAUUUUAGUAUUAUAGUUCUAAAAAAGAUUGUAGCCUCAUAAUUCAUGCUGUGUUCUGAAAGCUGUGACUGAAGUGCGCAGAUUAUGAGAAAUCAUCUCUUCAUACACACAGAGAAACUCACUGGCCAGAAAAAGGGGUGAAUUGCCUAGUAAACAGUAUCUGCCACUUUUGUUUACAAGAAAACUGUCAUUGUAAAUGGAAAAUAUAUAUUAUUUGUAUUUAAAUAAUUUCAAAUAAAAUAACUUUUUAAAAGA